GGAAAACGUAUCAGUUAUAAAUGUUAAGCGAGAUACAAUUUAAGUGUUUAAUUUAAUUUGACACAAAAGGGUGGAAAGUUGUAUAAUAGCACUGUAGCAUUAGAUUACAUAUUCGUGAUUUAAAAACCACAUUUCCAACAACUCUUCCGUUAUGACGUCUGUGACAGUCCGAGUUGAUUUUUGACCAAAGAGAAGUCAACACACAUUGAUUUGGAUAAAAACUGAGUAAGACGCUGAUGGAAACUUAUACACUGUAGUGUAAGACCUUCAGAGCUAUUGGGCUCAUGCAGUGAAUCGCUCCUGCACUGACUGCUGGUUCAGGAUACGUUGUCCUCUCUUCUGCGGGGUCUUGUGUCCGAUGCCAGGAUGGCAGCAGACGUCUACAACAAGGGUGCACUCUGGGAGGUUAAAAAUGGCAACUUGGUGCCACCAGAUCGACUCAGGCAGGACCGAUCAGACAGUCCGACACCGGGGCUGGUGGAGGGGACAGAGCCAGGAGCUGGACAGGAGGGUGCCAUGUUUGUUCACGCUCAGUCGUUUGAGGACCUGACUGCUGACAGCGAGCCCAGCACCAGUGACAAAGCUGCAGAGGUGGGCGACUCGAAUCUAGAGAAUGCUCAAGAAGAGGCUCUGGAAGGAGGUGAGGAGCAGGCACAGCAGGGAGGUUUGGUGGUUGAACAGGUGGAAGAAGGAAAAGAGGGGGUUCGGAACAGCAACAAGGCAAAAGAGGAGGAUGUGACAAGUGAAACAUGGCGGAGCCACAGGAAGCAUAUGUUUGUCUUGAGUGAGGCGGGGAAGCCCAUCUAUACACGCUAUGGAACAGAGGAAGCUCUCUCCAGCAUCAUGGGAGUCAUGAUGUUACUCAUGUCAUUUGUAGAGGAUAAGAAGAACAUCAUACGCUCCAUCCAUGCAGAUGGCUACAGGGUGGUGUUCCUGCGGAAAAGCCCUCUCAUCCUGGUGGGAGUCUUUCGCACUACCUGCUCCGACUGGGAAUUGACACGAGAGCUUCAGUACAUCUACUACCAGAUCGUUAGCCUGCUCACCCUCACACAGCUGAACCACGUCUUCCAGCACCGGCAGAGCUACGACCUGCGCCGCCUGCUGGCCGGCUCAGAGCACUUCACCGACAACCUUCUGCGGCUCCUCGACCGAGAUCCAGGUCUGCUGCUGAGAGCCGUCAUGUGCCUGCCUCUGGCCAGCUCGGCCCGUGACGUGGUCUCCUCCAGCUUGCAGGCUGCUAAAGCCAAGAACCUGGUGUUCUCCAUCCUGCUCGCAGGAAACAGGCUGGUGACGCUGGUACGCAAAAAAGACCAGUUUCUGCACCACAUGGACCUGCACUUGCUCUUUAACUUGGUCGGCUCUUCGUCCUCCUUCCGACAAGGCGAAGGGUGGACACCCAUAUGUCUGCCCAAAUUUAACCCAGCUGGAUUUUUCCACGCGCAUAUUUCUUACCUGGAACCGGCCUCGGAUCUCUGUCUUAUCCUGGUGUCCACAGAUCGUGAGGAUUUCUUUAACCUCUCCGAUUGUAAGAAGCGGUUCCUAGAGCGCUUGCGCAGGCGCAGUGCAUAUCAAUCAAUGCAGGAAGCACUGAGCUCGCCAAGUUAUACAGUCUCACAGGUUGGCAUACCUGAGCUGCGACACUUUGUGUACAAGUCUAAAAGCUCUGGGCUCUAUACAAGUCCUGACUUACCAGUACCAUAUCAGGCAGAAGAGGAGCAUGAAAGGCUGAUGGGAUUGUACCAGCAUCUGCAUAGCUGCCUGCAUCACCCCACGCGUCCCCUGCGCUACAUUUACCACUGCACAGAGACUGAGAACCUUUAUGCCUUGGUAACGAGUGGUUUCGAGCUCUACCUCUGUUUUAGUCCUCUGGGAACAAAGAGCCUGGCUGUGUCUGCCGUCAACAAGCUCCUUAAGUGGAUCAGGAAGGAGGAGGAUCGUCUGUUCAUACUCAGUCCAUUAACAUACUGAGCCAGCUUAGGCACUUCUAAACACCAGAAACACUAGGGAACGUCUGACCCCAGACUGCUGAAAGAGCAGCAUUUGUGACCCUACUUGAAUAGAUAAGGAUGCAGCCGGGUGCUGUCAGAUAUUAAAAGGAUACUCCACCCCAAAAUAAAAAUUUUGUCAUUAAAUACUUACCCCCAAGUCGUUCCAAAGUCGUUAAAGCUGCAUUUGUCUUCGGAACACAAUUUAAGAUAUUUUGGUGAAAACCGGGAGGCUUGUGACUGUCCCAUGGACUGCCAAGUAAAUAACACUGUCAAGGUCCAGAAAAGUAUGAAAAGCAUCGUCAGAGAAGUCCAUCUGCCAUCAGUGGUUCAACCGCAACAAUGAGAAAACUUUUUUUCAAAGGAGAUGAAUUGUAGAAAAAAGUUGUUAUUUUUACUUUUCUUCUUGUUCAAAAAGUAUUUUUGUCACUUCAUAACAUUACGCUUGAACCACGGAUGGCAGAUGGACUAUUCUGACUAUUCUCCCAAUUUUCAUCUAAAAUAUCUUAAAUUGUCUUCCGAAGAUAAACGAAGCUAUUAUAGGUUUGGAGGGCUACUCAUACUGGUGAAGUACAGUUGUGUAACUGGGAAGGUUUGAAACCAUUCCUAUGAGCAGUUGUCAACGUCUAAAAAAAAAAGACAAUAUUUCAAGAUAAUUGCUUUUAAACGUGGCCAUUUAAAGGCAGUAGAUUAGCACUAAAAAUCUUAUACAUGCUCACAAUGUUUUUGCACUACUGGAAACUAAACAUCUAGUCCUGUGCUUUUUACUGGACCAGUCCACAAUGAGUAACCAAUACUACUGUUUGCUUGAAUAGAUUAUUGCGCUGUGACGUUCACAUUUCCAUGUUUCCUGGUGACAUGCAAAUUCUGUAGUUGUGGUUUGGUGGGACUAAAUCUUCUUGCUAACAAAACUGGCUUUAUCUAUAAUAGGCUUUUCAUUUUAGAGAUGUGACUGAGUAGGUGUUGGACGAAGUACACAAAUCAAGUACUUGAGUAAAAGUACAGAUCCAUAUAAUAAAAUAUUACUCCAGUAAAAAGUA